AUGGAGGAUACAUCGCAAAAUAGGAUAGAGAAGCAGCAGAUCUGGAACUUUGAACCGUUCUCGGCUUCGACAGACGGAGAUAUCGAGAUCGGUCCAGCAAGUAGGUUACGACCUCUUUGCUCAGAUCAAUCAUCCUCCUCGUCGUUCCCACGGGCGAAAGUUAUGAGUAGCGCAGAUUACAGAACCGCGGACGCUAAUAGAAAAGCGUCCGCUGUAAAGCAGGCAUCAGCAGAGGCUGAGUUUGUAGGUGCCGCCGGCGCCGCCGCUGAGGAAGCAGGUACCGAUGGAAAAGAGGCUGAUUUGGAGGGUUGUGAUAUUAUCAAUCCUCCUGAUAAUAGCUACAAAGCAACGCUCAAACCAUAUAAAUUCGAAAAUGAUGAUGAUGGUACAAUCAAGCCUGAGAUCCUUGACAAGGCUGAUAAAUGCAUCCAACUUUACAACGAAACACAUGGCCAGCAGUACCGGGUUUUGCAUGUUUUGAACGUGACUGUUACCCCUCCAACUUCGCAUUCUCUGUACAAAAUUACCUUCCUGGCUUCUCCGGUGGAUACUCCGGUGGGUGAUCAGAGGAAAGCGAAAAAGUUUCUAGGUAAGUAUCUUGUUGAUCUAUGUCAGGGAGAUGAGGAUGAUAGUGGGGCAACGUUUUGCAAAACUAAAGAUGAGGCUACCAAGGGUUUUGAUGUGGAUCUGCCCUGCUCCCUUCCUUGCUGGAGCAGGUAUCACAUGUACAAAAGCAAUAGUCUCACAUAUCGGCAAUACACCCGUCAGCGCCUUAAGGAGCACAUGGGAGCAAGUUCUUGGGAGCACGGAGCACCCGCUUGGGUGCAAGAAGAGUUGACAGAGAUGGAGUCCCAACUUGAGUUGGCAAAAGAUGGAGGACCAAGUUGGUUUGCUUGGAGAGUAGUACUCUAG